UGCUCGUUUAGGGUUUCGGCCGUGGAGGCUCCUAAGUCCAAGCUUUGACCUCCGCCUACCCUUGCUAGUUCCCGGGCCAUAGGGGAACCGUUAUUGACUGCCGUUAAGGACUGUUAUCAUUCCCGGGCAGAUCCUUCCGGCUGUGGUGGCCCGUCCUGAUCGGCUGAGUUUGCCCCACUCCAGUGAUUAUCCGACCUCUGAGUCUCUAGCCUCACAACUGCCUUUUUCCUGGGAAGAUGUUCCUGGUGGGCCUGACAGGGGGCAUUGCCUCAGGCAAGAGCUCGGUCAUCCAGGUGUUCCAGCAGCUGGGAUGCGCAGUGAUUGAUGUCGACGUCAUCGCCCGGCACGUUGUGCAGCCGGGAUACCCCGCCCACCGGCGCAUCGUGGAGGCCUUUGGCACUGAGGUCUUGUUGGAGAAUGGUGACAUUAAUCGAAAGGUCCUAGGGGACCUGAUAUUUAACCAGCCUGAGCGGCGACAUCUGCUCAACACCAUCACCCACCCUGAGAUCCGCAAGGAAAUGAUGAAGGAGACCUUCAAGUACUUCCUUCGGGGAUACCGCUAUGUGAUUCUGGAUAUCCCCCUGCUGUUUGAGACCAAGAAACUGCUUAAAUACAUGAAGCACACGGUGGUGGUAUACUGCGACCGGGACACACAGCUGGCACGGCUGAUGCGGCGGAACAACCUGAACCGCGAGGACGCAGAGGCUCGGAUCAAUGCCCAGCUACCGCUGAAGGACAAAGCCCGCAUGGCCCGCCACGUUCUGGACAACUCGGGCGAGUGGAGUAUCACCAAACGCCAGGUCAUCCUUUUGCACGCCGAGCUGGAGCGCUCUCUGGAGUACCUGCCGCUGAGGCUCGGCGUCCUCACAGGUCUGGCCGGCAUUGCCAGCCUCCUCUACUUGCUGACCCGCUACCUCCUGCCUUCCCCCUAGCUGGGCACUGCAAGGCAGGAAGCCCCAGGCCUCGGUCUCCUCAGAGGCUGGAGCUAGGUUACGAAUGCAUCCUGGUUCCUCUCAGCCCCCCUCAACACACUCUUUCUCUUUCUUUCUCUCUCUCUCCCCUCCCCCGCCCCCCCUCGGCUGGAGCCCUGUACUGGACUGACCCUUCUCUGGGGUACAUUCUCUCUGAGGCAAAGAAACAGCCCUGUCAAUAGAUGUCCCUCCCCCUCUUCUCCUGGACCCUCCUGGAACCACCCGCAGAACAGUGUCCGCAUGAGACAUGAAAGCAACCGUGGGAGACUUGUGCACGGUGGGGGUGAGGGACAAUGGCCCUCGUCAGUGUUUAAAGCUGGGAGAGUCCCUGGGCUCUGAGCACGUGCCCCAUUGUGGCCAAAACAUCCUUCGUGGACCAUUGCCAAUCAUUUUGGACCAAGGGCUACUGCCUUCAAACAUGACUCUCCCCUAGGAUGACUCAGCCCUCGGCGGGGGUGCAGUGAGGAUCCCCCGGGGGUAAUACAGUAGUUGGAAGAGGCCAGGCCUCUUCCAGGAUGACCCACUGCCCCACCUCGGCAUCUGUCCAGCGCUCCCCCCAGCUGCCCACCACCUCCCACUCCACGGACUUCUAGCCCCGAACUCUCGGUAGUCCACGUGCGCCAGACUUCCUGACCUCCGUGCCUUCACCAUGCUCCUCCCUGAUCUGGAACCCCCACCCACACCCACCCCCACCCCAUAACUGACUCCCAGCUCAGGUUCUCUGAAGCCUCAGGCUGGGCUAGGUGCUCUAGGACAUGACCAUCCCCAUGUUUGUCUGAAUCCACAGCAUAAUAAUCGACCAAAAGCUGGAUGUUCUCUCCUGCUAGACUGGAAGCCCUUGGAGGGCAGGGACUGUCUUAUUUAUCUCUGUUCCUGGUGCAGAGCCUGCAUCGCUGUUGGUGCUUAAUAAAGUGUGUUGAUCGGAAGUGCCCUGCACUGCCGUGCUUUCCCCAGCGCACUGUGGGCGAAUUCAAGCCCUCAGACUGGGCUGCUACCUGUUUGGGUUAUACUUGGCCUCCGCCGCACUGACGGCUGCACCCCAGACAUUGCAGCAGCCCUCUGACUCCGGGGACCCAGGAGGACCCCAGCCAGG